GAUCCGCAUGCUAGCUCAAGCCCUCAUUCUGUCCCCAAUGGUGGACACUCUCUCUGGGACAACUCCUCUAUUUCUGUCUGGUUUCCAGCCCCUAGUCCCGCUGCCUGCCUCUGGUCAGAUGCUCAAAGUGACUGUGGACUAUAUAGAGGUUUUCGCUUUGGAUUGUUGUCAAUAGAAAGUGGCAGAGCUGCCAGAGAGGGCUUUUGUGAGGUGACAGGGCAGGUUCAGAUCAGCAAGGCCUUUUUGGGGGGACGGAGUGAGGAGUUUACAAUAAGGCCCAAAUUAUGGAUUAUAAAACUGGAAGGAAAACAACAAAUUCCAGGAUUGUUUUGGGCAGAGGCCAUCUAAAAGGCACAAUGUCUUAGGAGCUACUGGCUGUACAAAAUCCUCACUGGGGGCCCAAACCCUGGGUCCUGUAGCUUCCGCAGCAGGCAGAGGGUAUCAUUUUGCGGUCUGCGUUUGCAUGAAUGACUGAACAACUGUGGACAGAGCUCUUUGUUAGCGAGCCUUCAUCAUGACCUCAGUUGAGAAGCGCCGCUCAGGCCGAAAGAGUGGCGGGCAUCGAAAGCACAGCGAUGGAGGCUACAGCGACACCUCCAGUGGUGGGUCCUUUCUGGAUGAAACUGACCGUGAGGUCAGCAAUCUGACAGAUCGAGCAUUCAGGAGUCUCUGCAUUGGAGAUGAGGCUGUUUAUAAUGACUCAGACGUCUGUUCGUCUUCACCCUGCACCCAGAGAGAGAGGCAACUGGCCUUUAGCCAGAGUGGCCAGGACAGAGAAGACAGAGAGAGGGAGGAACUUAAGAGAGUUGCACAUGAGAGCUUCAGCCUUAGUGUGCAGCAGUAUGGACAGGACUGGAUCCAUGGAGGAAUGUAUGGGGCUGAGAUCCACAGAGAUCCACAGUGGGAGGUUUAUGGGGAAAGGACACAGGGAAGAGUUUCUGCUACAUUCCAGCACUCCUUUGUGGAAACCUCUCAACAGGAGGAAGAGCAGCUGUCCUUCCUCAGCAAUGGACCCACAGAAUUUAGUUCACAGCAACACAGAAGUCGCUCCAGAGUUUCCUCUCUCAUCAGAGCUUUUAACUCUGAGGGACACAGGGAUGGAGCAGGGAUGGAUGGUAAACUCAAAGAGUGGAAUGAUGAGACAAGCUGGGACAAAUCAGCUCUGAUGAGCAUCCAAAGAGAACUUUCUGAAUUCUCUACAUCAUACCAGCAAAACUUUAACAGUGGUCAUUUCCCCUCAGCUAGCCCAUUCUCAUCCCGAGACACCAACUUCUACUCCUCUGAAGGAGCAGCAGUGGCUCACAUGAAUUCUGCAUCCUCUUUUAUGAGAUCUUCCCACAGUAAACACAGCAUGUCCGCGCAGGUCAACUGUAAUUCUAACUUCUUUAUACACAGUGAGUUUAGUCCCUUCAAGGUAUGGAGGGACCAUAACAGGUUUCCCUUCCAACAAGGAGAAAUCUCAGGGUUUAUGCACUGUUCAGAGUUCCCUAAAUGGUAUGAUACACCAAUGUACAAAGAGCUUUCACUGGAGGCCCAACCACAGGGUCCUUAUAGGUUCGAGGAGAGGGGUAUUAGACACCCAAGGAAUAACUUGCCACCAGUGGUUCCUUCCACCCCUCCACGCUCCACCUCAACAUCCACAAUGCUGCAGAAAGCUUUGGCCGUGGAGAAACGGUGUGAGUCAGAGUUGGCAGGUCAUUACCCCAAUAGGAAGUGGACACAGAGCCUGGGAAAUAACAGGCUCCCUUCCCAACGCCCAUCAACUGCAUCACCUACCAUCGAGAUGUCUCGGCGUGUCCAGGACACCAUCAGCUCUGUCAAAGCCCUCCAGCAAAAAAUCAAAAUGACAACAGAGAAAAAUAUUGCAACAGGGAUGACAUCAAAUCGACAAGCAGUACUUUGUAGCAAUGAUAAUUUAAUUCCCUUUGGAGACAGUGCAACAGUGGCAUCAAAUGUUGUCAGCAGUAACACAAGCACAACUCCCUUCAACAUCAGCCAGUUGCUCACACCUUUAGUCCAUGCACAUCAAGAAAAAGAGACAUCAAAAGUCCAGCAGUAUGCAGUUUCCCCUCAACCUCUGGAACAUCCUCCAGUGCGAGCUGAAAGUAGGGGAGCCACUCCUGAUGUUCGGAUGUCCAGCUACAAAUCCAGAGCCACAAGCCUACUUUUUAAUCUCAAAGACAACAGGAAAAGAGUAAAAAGCACCUACAGUCCUACCAAAUUUAAAGGCUUGGAGACACUGGAGAAGAACAAACAACCCUCUAUCCAGGAGCCUAGAGACACGGUGAUAGAGAUCCCUGAUUUUCCAGAUCCAGACAUUCAAUUACCCCAGGUAGAAGAAUCCAGCAGGACAAUUGCUGACUCACAUCAAUAUAUAAACCAGUAUCACAGGCCUGGAUUGUCACUUACAACACAAAAUUCUCAGCCUGCAACAGCACAUACAGGUCAAUAUUCAGAAUACACUUACCAGACAGCUCAGAUGCAAGGGGAGAUGGUUCAUCACUCUGGGUUCACUGGCUUCAUACCUGAAAAUUACACUAGCAAUCAGCUGACUAAUGGACAGAAUCUCCAUGAAAACUUAUCGUCAUUUACUCCCUAUAAGCAAGGCAUGAUAGAUGUAGAAACUCUGGGAGCAGAUAUAUAUAGACUGAAACCAUCUUAUAAAGCUACAGAAACGUCAUGGCUAAAUGCUGACAACAAUCAAAGCAGAGAAUAUUUAAUAAGUAAGGCAAAUACUGAGCAACAUUUUAAUGAAACAAUAGGAAGGGAAUUCACAAAGGUGGAUAGAUAUCAGCAGCUCAAAGACAACAAACAUGAAAACAAUAAUGUGUCCACACAGGAUAGGUGGAGACAGACAAACAGCCAAGACACAGAAAAUCUCAGUCUGAAAGCAGCGAUCUCUCCAUGGAAACAAGAGAUAACUGCUUUAAUGGAAAAAGACCAACAUGCACAUGUUGGUCACAAUUUACCAAGAGACAAAUACAGAGGAGAAAAUCAGCAAAGUAUAAAUAAAGAACUUGAGAAAAUAGAGUUGAGGGAGAGUUUUUGUGCUGGAACAUCUUUGCAUAAAAAGGCUGGGUUGGUCAGUCCUAACAUUUCAAACCAACUGCCGCAAUAUGCUCCAUUUAGUAAUGACACUGAAGAAAAUCCAGCAUAUUAUGGACAACAGCAACCCGAAGCAUUUAAGGACAAAUAUGCACUUCAGAAGUAUUACGGACACAAUAAGGCAAAUGAAAUUAAAGAUAAUUAUUUGACACAGAAUUAUAACAGAUAUACUGAUCAAGAAUACAGAAACCAACAAACCUUUAAUUCGAAUAAAGACAAAACUAUGCUCACACAAGAAACUGGUCAGAGAAAACAAUAUAUGCCAAUUCCAAAGGGGCAUGAAAUGCAAAGUCUCCAGCCAAUAGAAGGUAAACCACAGUUUGAACAUAAUAUGCAGAAAAAUUCAUUAUCGAACCAUGACAAUGCAUCUGCCCUCACAAUGGCAAACUGGAUAAAAGAUAAACAGUGUGAUGAGGUCAUGGCUGAACAGGCCAUGGCAGAACAUAUAAAAGCCCAACACGCCCAAGCACAGCUGGCAAAGCCUCAGCACUGGGUUCAAGUGGAGCAGCCCAAAGCGGAGUCGGCUAGGUUAAUUUUAGCAGGGCAGACUGGUUCAGAGAAAGUCAAAGCAGAACAGGCCAAAGCAGAACUAACAGAGCACGAGAGAGUAAACCAGGCUAAAGCAGAACAUAUUAAAGAGGAGAAGAGAAAAGAGGAGCAGACAGAACAGUCCAGAGAAAAACAGCCAGAGCUUAACAGAGAGGAACAGACGGAAUCAGAGCGAACCAGAGUACAGAAGGUAACAGAGGAGCCAAGAAAUAUUACAGAGGAAGCAGGAGCUGUUCACAUGAGAGAGGAGCAGGGUGAGCAGGUCAAAGCAGAACAAGCUGAAGCAGAGAGGCUAAAAGAAGAACACAUAAAAACUGAACUGGCAAAGAUCGAGCAGGCUGGGCAGGCAAGGAUAAAAGCAGAGCAACUUGAGGAAGAGCAGGUAAGAGCAGAACAAGUUGAAAGAGAGUGGAUGGAGGCAGAACAAAUCAGAACAGAAAAGGUCAAAGCAGAACAGGCUGAAGCAGAGCGUAGAAAAGCAGAACAAGCAAAACUAGAGCAGAUAAAAGAGCAACAAGCUAAAGCAGAACAAGAGAAGACUAAGGCAGUUGACGUGAAAAAGGAAAAAGCAGACCACAUUAAAGUUGAGAAUGUUAGACAAGAGCAAGCUAAGGAAGAUUCAAUUCAAGCCGGUCAAGUAAAUGCAGGGCAACCUACAACACAGUUAAGUAAAGCCAAAGAGGAAAAAGUUGAAGAGAGAAAGGCAGAGCAGGCAAAGUGGGAACAAACCAAAGUGGAGCUAGCAAAACUAGAGCUAACAAAAGCAGAGAAGGUGCAGGAAAUGUCAGCUAAACCUGCAGCAAAACUAUCAGUGACACAACAGGUCAAAAGUGAGCCAGAUAAAGUUGAGCAAGUUAAGACAGAGUUAGCUAAAGCUAAAGCAGAAUUGGCUAAAAUAAAGGAGAAAAUGAGUGGAGAGCAAAAAGAGAAAGUCAGAAAUACAGUUCCCACAAAAGAAGAUGGGAUUAAGAAUGAUUUUCCUUUAAGGGUUAAUAUCAAUAAAAGUGAAGAGUACAAAGAUCAGGACCAAGCAACACAAAUGCAUCAACAGAGGGAAGACUCAGUUGUUGUCAGCAGGCAAAGCACAGAUCAAGCUAAUAUAGGAGCUGAUGACUAUAAGUGUUUUAGAGAGAAAUGUGGUUUUACCGAUACAACUUCAACAAACAGAAACAAACAUCCAGCUGCAGGAAAUGUUUCUUCAAAUGAUGCCAAUGAAACACCAGCUUUAUCUCUUGAUAAAGUUGAGACAACAAAUAACGAAAACUCAAAAGACAAACGUAGUCCUACAAGCAGAUCUGCAACAGCUAACACAGAAAAUAAGGUGGAAGCAGGCAGCUUUAAAUCCAGUGAGGUGACAGAAAAUCACUAUGUUUACUGUGAGUCAUCCAAAGAAUUCAAAUUAUCCGGUGCUGAUAAUUUACCUACCGAUGUAGAUAAAAAAGAAAAUAGUGACACUGUUACUGAUAACGUGAAGGAUGACACUGAUGACAGUGUUGACCCUCUGAAACACGCUGAUGUUUCACAGCAAAGAGAUUCUGAUUUAGCUAAACCUCUCCCCCUUGAAAGAAAACCCAAGUCAACUGAGCACAGUGUAGUUCCAGGUAAAGAUCUGCAUUUUACACCUCUCAGAGCAUUGUCCAAUAAAGAGAGAGCUCAGACCAAGCAGGAGAUUCUGACUUCCAAGAUAAAAGCUCAUGCUGAAAAAGAGAUUUCAGCAAUAAAAGAAAAGGGUUUUGCUAUACGAGAUGGAUUUAUAUCCAAAACUUCUACCAAGCAAUUAGCAGGUAGUCAGAGUAUUAAUAUACGACAGAGGCCACCAUCACAGGAAGUGUCUAAAAAGCAUGAAAGCACAAUAUCCAGUAAUAUUACACCAAAGCACCAGAUGGAGCUUUCAGGAAUAAAAAUGGAACCAGUCAAGUCUGUUUCACCUCCAAGCUCUGCUACAAUACCAGUUAAGUCUGCAGCAACCACCAGUCAGUUAGUAGACCAUUCACAGAAACAAGUUCCCAAAGAACUAAUGAGCAACGACAAUGUGCCACAACCACCCAGAGAAGUAAAACUGACGGGAAGUUAUUCCAUGAGCUCAGAUGAGGGCUUGGUAGAACAUCAAAAGAAAGAGAAACAGUCUGGAAUUAAGUCACUAAUGCAAAGUAAAGAGCAGGCACCCAAUAACAAGCAAGGAAAACAGGAAGCAAAUCAUGGAGAAAACUCUGGAAAACAGACAGAGGGACUUAAAGACAAUCCUGCUGUAAACACUGACCAUCUCAACAAGAAGAAAGAGGAUCCAUUACAAGCUACAGCUCUGGUUGAAGCUGAAAACUCCAAACCUAUGAUGACAGAAACUGAUGAGAGUAAACAUGAAGCAGUUCAUGAGGACUCAGCACCUUCACUAAAUCUUGUUUUUGGUCAGAAUGAGACCCCUGUAGCUGAUGACAGCUUGCAGAUCACGGGAAUAAUGGUAACUGUACGAGAAAGAAAGCCAUCUGUGAACAAUGAUCAGAGGAAUAACAUCACUCAAGAACAAAUUAAUGCAAAAGAGAAAGAGUGCAGUAAUUCAGAGCUAGAUACAUGUAAUCCCAACUCAGGUCUAGACGUAAGUAAAGGAAAUAAAUCUGAAGUUAGCAGAGUAAAGGCAAAGGACAGAGUUGUACAGAACACUCAUCCUACAGGGAAGGAAGAUCUAACUAAAGUUGGUAUGAAUAAUUAUCCUGAAAACGUGCAAGAAACUUCAACCCUACAGACCAAACAGAACAAUGUGCCUGAAAAUGUCACUGUGCAAUCUUUUAUAAAUGCAAGCCUCCUAAGUGAAACACAACUCCAAAAACCACUGGCUGAAAAAGGUGUGCCCUCCACUGUCACUGUACCUACUAUAAAUAAAUUGUUGGCUGAAACUCAACCCCUUCUCUACAACCAGGACAUAAUAGCAACAGAAACCAAAGACUACACAAAUAAAACGCCAAAAGAGAACUCAGCAAAGAGCCUAAGGACAGGUGAAGUAAAAAGUAAUACCGAAGAGAAAAAUCCACAAAAAAGGCAAACAGCACACACCAAUGAGAACCUCAUGGCCAAGGUGGUAAACACCGGAAUCAGCUACACAAAUGAUUCAAACAGAGCUGAUGCUGAAACUCUGAUAAAACUUGACGUCCAGCCAUCAGUGACAGAAGAUAUGACAACGGUCAUAAAUCUGUACAAAAGCAGGAACAUAGAUGGCAAGAGUGCACCCCUACUGGAGGAAAAGAGACAUGACUCAGCACUACCAAAGUCAUUCAACAAAACCAGUCCUUCUAACAAUUUUACUGAGAAUGAAAACAGAAAUGUAUCUCCAAAACAUCAGUAUAAAGAGACUCACACUGGAGAAAAUAGUCAAGUGGACGAUAAUGUGCAUAUAGGCAGCAUUGCCAUCAGAGUUGUGCCAGCAGUAACUGAGAAGGGCAACCUGAAAAUGGCGGGAAAACAUCAUGUCACAACUGUCCCUUCUGAUGUAGUUGGAGCUAAUGAACAUAAACAAAUUGUAUCAUCAAGUCAUGAAGAAAAAGUGAAUACUUCAAACAAUGAAGACAGAACAAAAGACCUCACUCCAACAAGCAGUGCGAAGCAGAUGACGGAAGACAGUUUGGAAGAUAAAUUGGGAUUACACUACGUGUUGUCUGAUUCACUGAAAAUCAGCAAUCACAAGAACAGCAUAAACGCAACCAGUGAGAAUACUCAAGCUGAAAAUGGAAAGCCUGAAAAAGUUAAUAAAAGUGGGAACUCAGUGGAUAUAUCAAAGAUACAACCAACAGAGGGAGACUACUUUCAAGUGCAAGGGGUAGCGGAAACAAAUAAUGAACCACACAAUAGUGCAAAUGUUGGAGAUACGUCAGAUGCUGUUUCAAAGGGAAGGGAACUUCCAGGAUUAUUACCAAACAAGGCAGAUAUCAGCAAUGAAUUAUACAGUGAAGGAAAAAAAUGUGUCUUUGCAUUGGAUCGAAGUAAAUGGAAAACAGUGGAAUCAAGUUCACUUAGAGUUCAAGAUGAGAACAUGAAAAGGAAAAAGAGGGAAACGGAAGAUGAACUGGCUUCAAAACAGAGUCCCACAGAGAGACAUUAUAAAACUGAUAAGACAGCGGCAGGUCAAGCUAUUCAUAUCAGAAAACAUCACACAGAGAACCAGCCCAGUUUAUCAGCAAGGGAAACACAGAGUUCAAGAAAUUCACACCCAACAAGGGAAAAACCUGAAGUUAAACCAAAACCAAAAGAACGGGUAUCCACAAUACCUGACAUAUCAGCAAUUGCGGACUAUGCCAGAUUAAAAGUAAUUGUUUCAGAAGACCAGGCAAACACAAUUCAGGAAUUCCCACCCAACAAAAAGGAAGGAUUCUUUCCACUUAUACAGGCUCGUCAUAGCAGACGUCCAGUGUUCACUGCUGACCCACAAGACCUCUCUGUGAAAGAGAAAAGUUUGCCAAAUAAGACAGAGGUCAGCUCCAGAGUGAACAAAGAGCCCAAACCUUUAGUAUUUCCCAUUACGGAGAAAGAACACCAAAGGACGGGGAUGUUCAAACUGGGAGACAAAGAAAGACAAGAGAAAAUGCUUGUAGAUGCCAAAGCCAAUGAAGAUGUAUUAGACACUGGGGCAAAACAUGCACAACAUCUCAAAGAAAUCAACAUGUUGCCAACAACUCAUCUUAAGAACCAGGGAAGUGAAGAACAAGUGGAAACUGAUACCGAAAGACUUCGUCAAGUAGAUCAAAGCAUUCAUCAGCCAAACAAUCCUCACCUGCUAGCAACAACCUCAUCUUCUACAGUCAACACGCCAAGAAACACUUCUGUGUCACAACACCUACAGCCACUUGAUAACUCCAAUCCACAUGAAGAACUUGAAGAAUGUUCCUCAAAAGUUGAAAGAAUACAAUAUUUAAAUAAAAACUCUCAUCCACCACUCACUUUGGGGGAAGUAUACAACAUUGAGGAAAGCACAACAACUGAAAACGCACUGGUUAAGAAUGGGGAAGAGAGAACAGAAAAACUGAGACAAGAAAGAUUUGCAACUCAACAUGAAGAAACCAAAGCAAAACAGCAGAGUGGAGCAAUACAGUUGGAGGAAAAACAAGCUUCUAGGAUACGAGUGGAGAAAACAGCAGAAGACAUGAAAAUAAAACAAAUGAUAGAGGAGAGUAGAGCUUCUCUGGCUGAAGAAGAGAGGAGAGCCGCUCAGAGAGAAGAGGAGAGGAGAGCAAGAGAGCGGGAGGUCAUAGCUUUUAAGAUCAAGGAGAAGCGGGAAAAACUGAGAGAAGCAGAGAGAAGAACAGAGGAAGAAAGAAAAGCAAAACAGACAGAGGAAGAGAGAGCUGCUCAAAAAGAAAAGGAGAUGAGAGCAAAGCAAAGAGAAGAAGAAAGGAGAAUGAAAGAAAGUGAGGAGAAGAGGAGAAUAAAGGUUGAGGAGGAGAGGAGAGCAAAACUGAGAGAUGAGGAAGAGCUGAUCAAAGAGAACGUGGAUAAGAGGAGGGUGAAACAGCAAGAGGAGGAGAGAGCUGCUCAGGAGGAGCAGCAGAGGAGAGCUGCACAAGAGGAGCAGCAGAGGAGAGCUGCACAAGAGGAGCAGCAGAGGAGAGCUGCACAAGAGGAGCAGCAGAGGAGAGCUGCUCAGGAGGAGCAGCAGAGGAAAGCUGCUCAGGAGGAGCAGCAGAGGAGAGCUGCUCUGAUUGAAAGGCGUGCUAAACAGAUUGAGGAGAAGAUACUUGCUAAUAUUGAGGAGGAAAAGAAAAAAAAACAGGGAGAAGAGGAGAAAGCUGCUCAAAUUUCAGAGGAGGAAAGGAUCAAACAGAUUCAGGAACAGAAGAAAGCAGAGCAGCAGAUUGAAGAGCAGAGGGGAGAAAGACAGAAAAAAGAAGAAUGGAUGAGAACUCAGAGACAGGAGGAGAGAGAGAGAGCUGUUGAAAACGAGAAAACAAUUAUUAAACAAAGAGAAGAAAAGCAAGCCAAAGAGGACAGAACCAGACUCCUUGAGGAGCACCAAGCAGCACUGAAACAGGAGGAGAAGAGAGUAGCACGAGAAAGGAUGCUGGCUCAAAGAGAGGAUGAGAUCAGGGGUAAAAAGAGAAAAGAAGAAAAGUUAGUAGCUUACAGAGAAAAGGAGAGAGCUGAUCAGAUGGAGGAGCAGAAAAGAGCAGCACAGAGGAUGGAUGCUCUCCAGUACUAUGCCAUCACCUCAACAGAAUCAGAGAGGAAACCCAGAGAAAGACAACUCUGCUCCCCUUUACCUUCCCAACGAAGAAACAAUCCAUCAGGGCUUGAGUCAACUGAGGACUCAGGAUCCCACACUAGGCCUUGUAGGCCACAUGCCCCUGCAUCUCCAGCUCCAUCUCUGCCCCGCUCCAGCGCCUCCUCUCCUGCUUUGGGAGCCAAGCCCUCAAUGUUCAGGGUGAAGGAUAAUACCAUCAGAGGUUCCUUUUUCACCAAGUCAGUCAAACCACGCUUCCAUAAGAACUUUGGAGAGGAUUUCCGAGUGGGUUCACCCCUGGGGUCAGAGGGAGGAGAGGAGGAGCAAGAGACAAUGAGACGCAGUGCUGGAACUCCUGUCCAUCCUGACACAGGGUUAAACAGACUUGCUGCUAUCAAAAAAUCCUCGACUUUUCAGCCAGCAUCUUCAUCACAGGAUUACUCAGCCCCUCUCCCACAUCACAGGCCUUACUCCAGGAGAAGCAUCGCUCUAGAUGAAGAUGACUGCCGCUCUGUCAUCAGCAACAUGUCAGAGGAUGUGGAGAGUUUUGCCACCAGCGCAGCAGACCUAGCAGAUGUACGAGGCCUGUAUGACUACGAGAGGCCAGAAUCAGCCUGUAGCUUCAGCAGUGAUGUGUCCCGUUCUUUUGGCAAGCCUCCAGUAGUUCCCCCAAAGAGUGAGAAAGCUUUACGCCGUGCGAAAAGGUUGACAACUCGGAGAAUCAAGAAGGAGUUGUCCAAAGCUGUAGCAGACAGCCCUGCUGGAGUUGAGAAACCUCUUCAAGAAGUCUCCUCCUCCUUCACUGAGGUACGCUCCUCCAACCGCCAUGCUGUGGCUUCCCCUCAUUCUUCCCCACCUGUCUCCCUCGCUCAUGCUCCAAUAUUGGGGUCUAGCUUGCCUCUUUCCCACACAGAACACAAAUCUUCUCACAGCUCUUUCUAUGCUUCCCCUCAUGCCACUGGUCCUAUCUCCCUCCCAGUUGCCUCACCUCAUGCUACUGCCCCUGUGUCCCUCCAUGUUCCCUCUCCUCAUGCUACUGGCCCUGCUUCCCACCCUGCUGCUCCUAAGACAGUUUCUGAUGUUCCCUCUUCUCCCACUCUCCAUCAUACCAACCACCCAGCUCCAGUGACACAGUACCAUGUAGAGUCAAGCUAUCCCCAGUCCUACCCACUAACCCAGCGUAAGGUGCUGCAAGACCUCGGCUCUGGUCAGUAUUUCGUAGUGGACGUGCCUGUUCAAGUGAAAACAAAGACUUUCUUUGACCCAGAGACGGGAAAGUAUGUACAGCUGAAUGUGCGUGAGUCUGCCCAGAGCACCUCCCGACCCCAGCCCCAGCAAACGUACCUACAGCCUCAGCUCCAACCCCAAAUGCAGGUCAAACGACAGCCCCUCUCCCAGGCCUCUCCAGCUGGCAAGCCCGUUGUGCUUUAUCAAGGCUACCAAGGUUAUCCCCAAGGCUACCAACCUGCAGCUAUCAACUCUGUGCCCCACAACACGUCAUCAGCCCCUGUGACUCUCCACCAGGACCAACAGCCUGUCAGAGAGAGCCACCGCUACGGAUAUCCAGCCCCUGAAAUGGGACAGAACUCUGAAGGGCAUCGCUACAGCCCAGAGAAGACUCCAUACAUGGACACAGUUAAUAAUACAGACAAAACAUAUACCACAAUUUACAACACACAUGGCCCAUAUGAGUUGUUCCCAGAGUGUGACACAAACAGCCAGCUUGCAGGAAGCUCAGUUUGUGAAAAUGAUAACUCAGCCCACUCACGAUAUCAUCCCCGUGAUAUAAUAACCAUGAGUGAACUAGAUGACUUUAUGGAGCUGUCUGACUGGUGAUAACAAAGACUAAUAGCUUUGACUCGAAAGGGGUUGAUAAUGUAAAGCAGGUAAAUAAAGGUUGAUAAAAUAAAAAUACCCAAAAGCUCAGUAUGAAUGGAUCUUUAUAUGCAGUAAGUUAAGUGUUUGUAAAUGACUUUUUCAAGUGAAAAUAGACUCAGAAUGUUUUUGGUUUGUAGUUUUAAAAAGUCCCUGUGAAAUUUUGUUAAAUUGUUGCUGUUGAUUUUGGAGAUUCACUGUUGAGCUAUUUAUUGUGUUACAGAGAAGUUCACCAUUCCAUUUGACUUUUGAAUGUGAGAAGCUAAGAUAUGUUUCUUAUGUAUACAGUAUGAUUAGUAUCCCGUUGCCUCCUAAACCUAGAGGUAUGUUAUCAUACAUCAAACAGUAACAGUAUGUCAAUAGUGUUUAGUAGUUAGGAGAAAUUUUGGUUUCUGCUAUAUGAACACUGACAGGCCUGCUUACGUUUUCUUUUUCUUUUUUUCUUGUUGGAGGAAAGCUACUUUUGGCAUUUUGUGAUGCAUGAAAUUUUGUUAAACUCAUGGUGAUGAGAUUAUUGCUGUUUUUAAGGUUUAAUAUCGUACAGUAGUCCAUUUUUAAAGUUGCAAGUUUGUGAUAAUGUUUCUGUGUUGCUGUGAAACAGAGUAGUGUGACACGGACUUAUUCAGGCAAUAAAAACAAACUUCAUUCAACCAAAUAAUUUCUCAACACAAUGACUGUCUUUCAAAAUCACCUUGUAAAGCAUAUAAAUAAACAAAAAGGAAAUAUAAAAGUU